GAUGUCUCAUGGUAUUAGUUUUGAAAGGUUGCCAAAUUUAGAAAGAUAUUGUAUUGGCAUCGGUGCGAAUGGCGUUUGAGUCGAGGCAAUAACGGCCAUCACCGAGGCAGACCGACGAACGCUAAUAACCGAAACGUACGAAAACUAGAUGUAUACCACGUCGCCCCGUUUCAGCUCUACGAUCGGCGGUAGGUUUACUAAUUUCGCCAUAGAUGCGUGACCAGAGUUAGUACCAUGGGCAACUGCUUGAAACGAACUACCACCGACGACAUUUCCCUCUUGAGGGGCAAUGACAGCGUUCGCGAAACCACCUCAGAUCAACUUGGAUCAUCACCAUACCAGGAAACCUUACCAAUCCAAGCAACUUCUCCAAUCUACCACCCGUCCCCAAGUGUGACGAGGUCCGUGGCGCAAUUAACGGAAGAGGAGCAGGUGAAAAUAGCGAAACGUAUCGGAUUAAUCCAGCAUUUGCCGACAGGAAGUUACGAUGGGUGCAAAAAGGCGAGGGAAUGUGUAAUAUGUAUGGUAGAAUUUUUGGUUGGAGACGCGGUGCGUUAUUUACCAUGUAUGCAUACCUACCAUAUGAAGUGCAUCGAUGAUUGGUUGAUGAGAAGCUUGACCUGUCCCAGCUGCAUGGAACCGGUGGAUGCGGCACUGCUCACAAGCUACGAGACCAAUUGACGGCUAGUGCCUUGCAACUGAUAGUGAAACUCUGUGAUCUGAACUGUUUAAAUCUUGCGAUUGAAAUCUUUUUUUUACACUUUAUUUUGUUUGUUGGCGUUUGUUUGUUUGUCCUAUCAUCGGCUAUUUCUCUACGAGUUGAAGUUCGUUAAAGGGGGCGUGAAUGAUGUGCGGCUGUGAAACCGUAUUGUAUGUUUUCAGUUAUAGAAAGAAAAACCUAAUCGAUUUAUUAAUUCUUUUUGUUUUGACUGACACGCCUGUUCGUUAGUCUGUAGGGGCAAAAAAUAUAUAGGGUUUCAGAAUAUAUGCUAUAAGUUAUGCGUCAAUUUACCGUUUAAUUUAAUUUGUUAUUUUGUUAACAUUCCUGUUAAUUGGUUUUUCAAACACAAAUACUGUGUUUAUGUCAACAAUUCUAUUCCGAUAUAUUUCGGUUUAGAAUGGUUCAAAUAAACAUAGUAAUAAAACGUCAUCUUUAAGAUCUCUUCUUUUAAUUUACUUAUGGCGCACCUUGUGGGGGGGGGUGACUUUUUAGAAAUGCGUCCAUAUUAUAGUUAAAACAAAAAUGGUUCUCAAUUUUCGUUCCGCACCGUUUUGCUAAUUGUCGUCAUAACUUAGGUAUACAGAGUGUCUCAGCGAGACCCUUCAUUACACGUUUAUGGGAUUCUGGCCAAAACAAAAAUCUGUGUUUUGGUGCCGAGAAUGGGUCGAAAUUUGGAUCUAGCAUAACUUCACAUUUUUAAAUGGCACCCCCAUAUUUUAUUACUUAGUCGUCUUCAUCGUUUUCAUAUUUUGAAUCCUAAAUUAAUAUCCCAAAAAUCGAGUGUUUUUUGAUGUUUUGAGCAAAAAAUAUAAACGUUUAAUGAACGGUCUCGCUGAGACAUCCUGUAUGUAUAUAUAAGGAUAUAUACGUAUAUAUUAGGUACAGGUACGUCCAAUCCAGGUAAAUUUUAUUUCCACCUUUUAUACGUAAAAAAAAUGAUAAAUCAACUUUUUGGCAGAAGCGAACUUAAAUUUUUUAUCUCGAUUUGAGGAAAUGUGGGUGGAUAAUUCGAUUGUAACAUUUUUACCAACACUGCAUUCGUUAUCUUUUCGGUAUGAUACAGCAAUUAAUAAGAGAAAUUUAUGCGCUGCAGAAAACGAGUACUUUUGGCCUUUCAGAUAAAUUCUUGUUUAUGAUUUUAGUUAUUUUAAAUCGCAUACUUUGUUUUAUCUACGCCGAGAUUACUCUCAAAUUAAUAUUUAAUUAUUUUUUUAAAACUGAAUUAAACCGGAACGUUCUAAAAUCUGUGAUCGUUUUGAAUUUUUCAUUCACAUUUCCGACAAUGACGCUUUUUUACGAAAAUUAAAAUAAAACUUGCCAUAAGUAUAUUCGGUGUAUAUAAACGACAGCUACUUAUCUUCAUAUAUAUGUGUAUAUUUUAAUAGUCAUUUUAUUAUUAUUUUUUAGUUACAGUGAGCCUGCAAGCUGUGCUGUUUUAUUUUCUACGGCAAGGAUUAUUAUUGUAUAUUGUGUAUAGUAACUUCGUCACUUAUAAAUGUAUAUGCUAA